AUGGACGGUGGUGAUGGAACGGUGAGGUUAGGGGCUUUGAACUUGAAGCCGGAUCGGACCGACUUCGAUUCGGUUCCCGAUGUGUCCGUUUCAUCUCCGGUUACCAGACAAAAAUCUGCAGCAGCUAAACAGUUUAUAGAGAAUCAUUAUAAGAAUUACUUGCAGGGACUGCAAGAUCGUAAAGACAGGCGACGGGCACUUCAAAGGAGAGCACAAGAAGCUCAGGUUUCAAAUGAGGAACAAGAGGAGAUGCUUAGGAAUUUGGAGCGCAGAGAAACUGAGUAUAUGAGACUACAAAGACGUAAAAUUGGAAUUGAUGACUUUGAACAGUUAACUGUGAUUGGUAAAGGUGCAUUUGGUGAGGUUAGGUUAUGCCGAGCCAAGGAUACUGGAGAGAUUUUGGCUAUGAAGAAAUUGAAGAAGUCAGAGAUGCUUAGCCGUGGGCAGGUUGAGCAUGUCCGUUCUGAGAGGAACUUACUUGCGGAGGUUGAUAGUCGGUGCAUAGUAAAACUUUUCUACUCUUUUCAAGAUUCAGAUUUCUUGUAUCUGAUUAUGGAGUAUUUACCCGGUGGAGACAUAAUGACAUUAUUGAUGAGAGAAGAUACUCUUUCUGAAGAUGUUGCACGUUUUUACGUAGCAGAGAGCAUCCUAGCCAUACACUCUAUUCACCAGCACAAUUAUGUUCACAGGGACAUAAAACCAGAUAACCUGAUACUUGACAAAAAUGGCCAUUUAAAGCUUUCAGAUUUUGGCUUGUGCAAACCCUUGGAUGAUAAGUAUUCAAAUUUACUAGAAAAUGAAGAUAUUUCUACCCAGGAAGCAACCAAUGAAUCUGGAGGGCAUUCUGCCAGUGACAGACCCCCUUGGUUGAUGCCAAAAGAACAGUUGCAACAAUGGAAACGUAAUCGCCGUGCAUUGGCUUAUUCAACUGUGGGAACUCUUGAUUAUAUGGCACCUGAAGUGCUACUGAAGAAGGGAUAUGGAAUGGAAUGUGAUUGGUGGUCCCUUGGUGCAAUCAUGUAUGAGAUGCUUAUAGGCUAUCCUCCCUUCUGCUCUGAUGAUCCUAGGAUCACAUGCCGCAAGAUAAUCAAUUGGAAAACAUGUCUCAAAUUCCCUGAGGAACCGAAGAUAUCUAGUGAGGCCAAAGAUCUAAUUUGCCACUUGCUCUGUGAUGUUGAAACAAGACUGGGAACCAGAGGAGUUGAAGAAUUGAAGGCGCAUCCAUGGUUCAGAUGCACUCAUUGGGAUUUGCUAUAUGAAUUGGAAGCUGCAUAUAAGCCUACAGUCAAUGGAGACUUGGAUACUCAGAACUUUGAGAAGUUUCCUGAUUUGGAAGGGCCACCAUCCGCAAUACCAAGUGUAGGACCUUGGAGGAAGAUGUUGACAUCAAAAGAUACCAAUUUUAUUGGAUUCACUUUUAAGAAAUCAGACAUCCUUAGAUCACUGGAAAGUUCAGGUACAGACAUGAAAUUGAAUGAAUCUUUGAAGGCUCCAUCUCUAAUUUCCUUGUUAGGUCAGAUUGACCUGCAAGAGACUGUAAUAUCAGAAGGUGAGCAGAAGCCAGAGGCAUGA